AAUNAAAAAAAAAAAAAAAAAAAAAAAAAAAAGAGUGUUUGGGAAUUCAAAUGUGAUGGGAAGUGGAUUCUCAUCCGUCUUCUUACCUUGCUUUAACAACCAAGGAGGUCACCGUAACCGUCGUCCUCCUCCUCACUCAUCCGCGGCGAAUCAUCCUACUACUCAUUCCGAUCCGAUUGAGUCUCUCUGUGAGCCUUCUUCCUUGGAUGAGACUUUAGGCCAUUCUUACUGUUACGUCCCUUCUUCUUCUAAUCAUUUCGUUUCUCCUUUUCCUUCCGAUCGAUUUGUUUCUCCUUCCGGUUCUUUCCGGUUAUCUCCUUCCCAUGAACCGGUUCGGAUCCGUGGUUCCGGAUCCUCCUCCGAGCAGCUUCACACCGGUUUCAGAGCUAUUUCUGGCGCUUCCGUUAGCGCCAACACCUCCAAUUCCAAAACUGUCCUCCAGCUUGAAGAUAUUUACGACGAUGCCACUGAGACCAGUUUCGGCGGCGGCGUUAGGUGCAGUGGUGUUGUCAAUGCCAAUGGCUUCGAAGGAACGUCGUCGUUUAGCGCUCUCCCUCUUCAGCCCGGUCCGGAUCGGUCGGGUCUCUUCAUGUCGGGUCCGAUCGAGAGAGGUGCCACUUCAGGUCCGUUGGAACCCCCCGCCGCCGGCGAGAUUUCGAGAUCUAAUUCCGCCGGCGUGCAUUUCUCAGCUCCCCUCGGUGGUGCGUACCCGAAGAAGAGACGGAAGAAGAAGAAGAAGAGCCUCUCGUGGCAUCCUAUUUUCGGAGGGGAGAGGAAGCAACGGCCGUGGGUUCUUCCGGUGUCCAAUUUCGUCGUCGGCGCUAAGAAAGAGAACGUUGUGAGACCAGACGUCGGAGCUAUGGUGGCGUCUGCCGGAGAGAAUGAUUUGCAGUGGGCAUUGGGUAAAGCAGGGGAGGAUAGAGUGCAGUUAGCUGUUUUUGAGAAGCAAGGAUGGCUCUUCGCUGGGAUCUACGACGGUUUCAACGGACCUGACGCUCCUGAGUUUUUGAUGGCUAAUCUCUACCGAGCUGUUCACAGUGAGUUACAAGGUUUGUUCUGGGAAUUGGAGGAAGAAGAUGAUACUAAUCCUCCAACAAUACCAAAUUCAUCUGAUGAGAGUAGGUUAGCUAGUGGUGGUGGCACUCUAGAAUUAGAGCAACGAGGUAAAGUAGAGGAAAUAGCAAGUUCGAGCUGUCCAGCAACAGAGGUGGUAGAAGUCAAGGAGAGGAAACGGCUAUGGGAGCUUCUUGCUGAGGCUCAAGCAGAAGAUACGUUAGAUCUUUCAGGUUCUGAUAGGUUUGCGUUCUCGGUGGACGAUGCUGUCAGUGGAGGCAAUGGUGUGUCUGUGGGAAGUAAGAGAUGGCUGCUUUUGUCAAAACUGAAGCAGGGUUUGUCUAAACAAGGAAUCUCUGGGAGGAAGUUGUUCCCAUGGAAGUCUGGUGUGGAGGAAAAUGAAACGGAGGAGGUAGAUAAUGUUGGUUUGGAAGAACGUGGUGAUAAGAGAAGGAAGAGACGAAAGGCGGGUACGGUGGAUCAUGAGUUGGUUCUAAAGGCAAUGUCAAAUGGUCUUGAAGCCACAGAGCAAGCAUUCCUGGAAAUGACUGAUAAGGUUCUCGAAACCAAUCCUGAGCUUGCAUUGAUGGGUUCGUGCUUACUGGUUGCGCUGAUGAGAGAUGAUGAUGUGUAUAUAAUGAACAUAGGGGAUAGUAGGGCUCUUGUUGCACAAUAUCAGGUAGAAGAAACGGGAAGAGUAGAAGAGAGACGCAAUGAUUUAGAGAAAGACGAUGAAAAGAGUGAGCCUUCCGUUGUGGAUGGUAGCGAUAGUACAGUGAACAACGAAGCUCCUUCGCAGCAAACAAAGCUGGUUGCCCUGCAGCUAACAACAGAUCACAGCACGAGCAUCGAGGAUGAAGUAACAAGAAUAAAAAACGAGCACCCCGAUGACAACCAUUGCAUAGUGAAUGACAGAGUGAAAGGACGGCUUAAGGUGACCAGAGCGUUUGGAGCAGGGUUCUUAAAGCAGCCGAAACUGAACGAUGCUUUACUGGAAAUGUUUCGAAAUGAGUACAUUGGUACGGAUCCAUACAUAUCAUGCACACCUUCCCUUCGUCACUACCGGCUAGCAGAGAAUGAUCAGUUUAUGGUUCUGUCAUCUGAUGGAUUGUACCAAUACCUGAGCAAUGAGGAAGUUGUUUCUCUUGCCAUGGAGAAGUUUCCAGAUGGAGAUCCUGCUCAACAUGUUAUACAGGAACUUCUAGUCCGUGCAGCCAAGAAAGCUGGAAUGGAUUUUCAUGAGCUUCUCGACAUCCCGCAAGGAGAUAGAAGAAAGUAUCACGACGACUGCACUGUACUAGUGAUAGCACUUGGAGGAAGUAGGAUCUGGAAGUCAUCAGGAAAGUACCUUUGAGACCAUCAACCACAAUUUGAAGGCAACAGAUAAAAAAAAAAAAAAAAAACUAUGCUUAUAGAUUAGCCUCUUUUGACAUUAAUGCAGCAGCAGAAGAUCAAAAGGGUGCCUAGUUUUCUUGCUUUUUUGUUUCCUUCUCAUGUUUCUUAGAAAUUUUGGGUCAGUUUAGGGUGGGGGUUUUUUUUUUUCCUUUGUUGAACAGGGUAGGGGAUUGGAAUAGAGGUGCAAACAAAAAAAAAAAAAAUUGGAUAUGUAAUUUGGGGGGUGGAGACAAAAGGGUAAUACAUAGAACAUUUUCCUCCUGGGAAAGAAAUAUAUAAG